UGGUUUCAAUUCUACUGUCUAUCUGUUGUUAACCCCUGCUACAUACAGUAUGUGGGCCUGCUCGGCAGUGAAACCAAAAAUAAAUUGGAGCACAUUUUCAAAUUUCAAAAGUGUGGCUAAACCUGAUAGCAGUUACCAAACAAGUACGUCUCAGUUUCAAAACGGUUGGUGACUAAAAUAAAUAUCUUGGAAUGUGUCGCAAAGGUGCCGUGUGAUGUGAGGAGGCCAGCGGGAGGAAAGUGAGCUGAUCGGAAUGUAUUACAACCACAGCGUUUCACCUGCAAACACAGACAGAAGAUUUAUUGGCUACUAUGCUCUCGUCCCGUUGUUCUUCCACACGGCCUUGGUUGUGUUUAUGAAGAAGAGAAUGAGAUUAGAUGAGUUGCGUCACCGGCUAAUUCCAGUGUAUAGCUACGACCCUGCAGAAGACCAGUGGGUGGGUGAUGAACUGGAGAGUGAUGAUGAGUUGAAGGAACCACUGUAUAAGGAAGAACAAUUCAACAUACAGUAAAGUGUAGCUAUAAAGUGUGAAAUAAAUGACAAUUCAGCAAAUGACAAUUCAUAAUAUCAAUAAAAAUAUUAUUUCUUGCACUG